GUUAGACAUGUGUUCUGUUGUUGGAUGAUAACAGCUGGAUAUUUUCAUCAUCCUGUCAAGGAUGGCAGAGGGUGGAUGGCCAAAUAAUUUAUUUUUGUAGUACAAAAUCAUUUUAUUUCCAAACGGGCGUAAUGAAGCGGGUGAGAGGCGCAACAGAGAGAAUUGCAGAGAGAUGGAGAGGCUAAGGACCACGAGAUGGAUAGCUACGGUGACCAGCAUAUGGAUUCAGUGCAGCUGCGGUUCAUCCUACACCUUCAGCGUCUACUCCUCUGAGCUCAAAUCCACCCAGGCCUACGACCAAUCCACUCUCGACACCGUUUCCGUCUUCAAGGACAUCGGUGCCAACGCUGGUGUCCUCUCCGGCCUCCUCUACUCCUCCGUCACCCUCGGUAACCCACGUCUCGGUGGGCCAUGGGUGGUCCACGUCGCGGGGGCCGUCCAGUGCUUCCUGGGAUACUUUCUCAUGUGGGCCUCCGUUGUCGGUUUGAUUUAUCGGCCUCCUGUGCCGCUGAUGUGCCUCUUCAUGUUUCUGGCAGCUCAUUCUCAGACGUUCUUCAACACCGCCAAUGUGGUCACUGGUAUACACAACUUUCCAGACUAUGGUGGGACGAUCGUGGGAAUCAUGAAGGGAUUUCUUGGUCUCAGUGGAGCAAUACUAAUCCAAGUGUAUGACACAGUGUGCAAGGGCAAGCCAAGCACAUACAUCCUGAUGCUUGCUCUGUUGCCUACAUUUGUCUCCCUUGUGCUUAUGUUUUGUGUGAGAAUUUAUAAAGCAACCACGGGGGAUGACAAGAAGCACUUAAAUGGUUUCUCUGCUGUUGCGCUGAUCAUCGCCGGUUAUCUCAUGGUUAUGAUAAUUUUGGAGAACAUAUUCACUUUGCCAUUAUGGGCACGUAUUUCUACUUUGAUACUUCUUCUGCUUCUACUUGUAUCGCCUCUUGGAAUUGCAAUCAAGGCCCAGAAGGAGGACUUGAGGAGAUUACCACAAAUGGAUUCAAUCCAUAGUAAUCUGUUAACUGAAAAUGCCGAGCAAAUCACAUCACCAAAGUUUUCUACAGCAGAGGAUCCCAUAGAGAAUAAUGUAUUGCUGAGUGGUGAGAGCCAAGUGCAGGCCACUUCAGAUGAAAACAUGCAACUGGAUGAAGAAAACUUGAAUCUAUUGCAAGCCAUGCGUACUGUAAACUUCUGGUUGCUGUUUAUUGCCAUGAUAUGUGGAAUGGGCUCUGGGCUGGCUACAAUUAAUAACAUGAGCCAAAUUGGAGAAUCUCUCAGUUACACAACUGUGGAGAUAAAUAGCUUAGUUUCUUUAUGGAGUAUAUGGAAUUUCCUUGGCCGUUUCGGAGCAGGGUAUGUAUCAGAUUAUUUGCUGCACACAAGAGGUUUGGCACGGCCACUGUUGAUGGCUAUUACACUAGCCACAAUGACUGUUGGACACAUAGUUAUUGCUUCUGGUUUUCCUGGAAAUUUAUACAUUGGUUCAAUCCUUGUGGGAAUUUGUUAUGGUUCACAGUGGUCGUUAAUGCCCACGAUCACUUCGGACAUAUAUGGUGUUGGGCACAUGGGUACUAUUUUCAACACAAUUGCCAUAGCAAGUCCAGUGGGAUCUUAUAUUUUCUCUGUAAGGUUGAUUGGGUAUAUCUAUGACAAAGAAGCUUCUGGUGAAGAUGACACAUGCUAUGGUACUCGCUGUUUUAUGUUAUCUUUUCUGAUCAUGGCAUCUGUGGCUUUGUUUGGUUUCCUUGUUGCUGUUGCAUUGUUCUUUCGUACUAAGAGGUUCUAUCAGCUGGUUGUGCUUAGACGUUUAGUGCAUUAUCCAAAUUGAUGAGUACUAUAUAUGAAAGAUUUGUGUGCAUGGAAAGGUGUUAGAUGAGGCCAUAGCUUUUUAGGGAUGGAAUGGCAUCUCAGUUUUGAGGAGGAAAUAACAGUUUAAGUCUCUCAUAUUAUUGAUACUUAUUUCCUUACAGUUUAUCAUAAGUAUCCCUUUGGAUUUGUAGAUCUCAAAGGGAUACUUAUGCUAA